UCAAUUAUUUAUAUAGCAACGUUUUUAGAGCACAAAACCCAAUGGAAGCAACACCACUAUUGAGUAGUAGUAGCAAACUAGGCCUAGCACUGGUUCUCAGACCCUCCUUUUCUUGGGUUUCAUCUGUUUCAAAUACGGUACUGUACACGGGUCCUCAGACCCACUUCGCAGCAACAACAAAUUCAACAGCAAUUGCAUUUUCUCUGUUGCAUUCGAUCAGAAAGAAGAGGAUUAACAAAAGGUUGAUAGUGUCUAAGAUGGCUGAGUCUGAAGAGAUGGCCGUGACUUCUGAUGUGAAAUCGGGAAAUAUGGUUUUUGAGCCUGUUCUAGAGGAAGGGGUUUUCAGAUAUGAUUGCAUUGCGGAUCAUAGGAAUGCAGCAUUUCCCAGUCUUUCUUUUGUUAAUCCCAAAGAUAGGGACAAACCAAUUAUGACUAGCCACAAUGUCCCUUCAUAUAUCCCUACUUUUGAAUGUGUUCUUGGACAACAAAUUGUUCAAAUUGAGCUUCCAAUCGGUACCUCAUUCUAUGGAACCGGAGAAGUUAGUGGACAGCUUGAACGGACGGGGAAGAGAGUUUUUACAUGGAACACGGAUGCCUGGGGUUAUGGGUCUGGUACUACGUCCUUAUACCAAUCGCAUCCUUGGGUGCUAGCUGUUCUUCCAAGUGGAGAGGCACUAGGGGUUCUUGCUGAUACAACACGACGAUGUGAGAUUAAUUUGCAGAAAGAAUCAAUAAUAAAGUUUGUUGCUCCAUUAUCAUAUCCUGUCAUUAUAUUUGGUCCAUUUUCUUCACCAACUGAUGUUUUGAUAUCUUUAUCUCAUGCAGUUGGUACUGUAUUUAUGCCACCAAAGUGGUCACUGGGGUAUCAUCAAUGUCGCUGGAGCUAUGACUCUGAUGCACGAGUUCGUGAGAUUGCCAGAACAUUUCGAGAGAAAGGUAUACCUUGUGAUGUCAUAUGGAUGGAUAUUGACUACAUGAAUGGGUUUCGUUGUUUCACUUUUGACCAGGAACACUUUCCGGAUCCAAAAUCUUUAGUGAAAGAUCUUCAUCUCACUGGAUUCAAAGCAAUCUGGAUGCUUGACCCAGGGAUCAAACAUGAAGAAGGAUACUUCGUUUACGAUAGUGGUUCUGAAAAAGAUGUCUGGAUUCAAACAGCUGAUGGAAAGCCUUUUGUUGGGGAGGUUUGGCCUGGGCCUUGUGUUUUCCCUGACUUUACACUGUCUAAAACACGUUCAUGGUGGGCUGGUUUAGUGAAAGAUUUCAUUUCUAAUGGUGUUGAUGGUAUUUGGAAUGAUAUGAAUGAACCAGCUGUUUUUAAGGCUGUAACAAAGACGAUGCCUGAGACCAACGUGCAUCGUGGAGAUAUUGAACUUGGAGGUUGUCAAAAUCACUCGCAUUAUCACAAUGUUUAUGGGAUGCUGAUGGCACGAUCAACAUAUGAAGGCAUGAAAUUGGGCAAGGAAAAUAACCGUCCUUUUGUUCUUACCAGAGCUGGGUUUAUAGGUAGCCAGAGGUAUGCUGCAACAUGGACAGGAGACAACCUUUCUACUUGGGUGCACCUUCAUAUGAGUAUCUCAAUGGUCCUUCAACUUGGGCUCAGCGGUCAGCCGCUUUCAGGACCAGAUAUUGGUGGGUUUGCGGGGAAUGCAACCCCUAAGCUGUUUGGAAGGUGGAUGGCUUUGGGUGCAAUGCUUCCUUUUUGUCGUGGACAUUCAGAAACUGGCACCAUUGACCAUGAGCCUUGGUCUUUUGGGGAAGAGGUUUGUCUGUACUUCACAAAGCGUCUCUACGCCCUCAUGGAGGUUGUGGGCACAGUAGAAGGAUACUGUAGGUGAUGUAUGGCACAUACGAGGGGUACUUCAGUUGCAACUCCUACUUUCUUUGCUGAUCCUAAAGAUCCCAGGCUAAGAACACAGGAAAAUUCAUUUAUGUUGGGACCAUUACUAAUAUAUACAAGCACAGUGAGUGACCAGGGGAUCGAUCAACUGCAGCUUGUGUUGCCUAAAGGCAUUUGGUUGAGUUUUGAUUUUGAUGAUUCACAUCCGGAUUUACCAGCACUAUAUUUGCAAGGUGGAUCGAUUAUUCCUUUGGGUCCUGCUAUUCAACAUGUUGGCGAAGCUAAUCCAACAGAUGAUUUAUCACUACUUGUGGCUUUAGAUGAGCAUGGUAAAGCUAAAGGUGUUCUCUUCGAAGAUGAUGGCGAUGGAUAUGAAUUCACUAGAGGUGGAUAUCUUUUGACAACGUAUGUUGCUGAACUUGAGUCUUCAGUUGUUACUGUGAGAAUCUCCGAAACUGAAGGGUCAUGGAAGAGACCAAAACGUCGUUUACACGUACAAUUAUUACUUGGUGGAUGUGCAAUGCUUGAUGCAUGGGGCAUUGAUGGAGAGGUUCUUCAAAUCAUGAUGCCUUCAGAAGAUGAAGUGUCUAAUUUGGUAUCUAUGAGUGAGAAACAAUACAAGAUUCGUAUGGAAAAUGCUAAGCGUAUUCCAGAGGUGGAAAAGGUUUCUGGACGGAAGGGAGUAGAACUUUCAAGGACUCCUAUUGAACUGAAAAAUGGUGUUUGGGCUCUCAAAGUGGUUCCUUGGAUUGGGGGAAGAAUUAUUUCAAUGGAGCACCUUCCUUCAGGAACUCAGUGGCUUCAUAGUAGGGUUGAAGUUGGUGGGUAUGAAGAAUUUAGUGGUACUGAGUACCGGUCUGCUGGAUGGUCUGAGGAAUAUACUGUCAUUGAGCAGAAUCUUGAGCAAGCAGGAGAGAGAGAGUCUCUUAUGUUAGAAGGUGACAUUGGCGGUGGAGUAGUUAUUGAACGGCAUAUAUCUUUUCCAAAAGAUAAUUCAAACAUUUUGCGGAUUGACUCGAGCAUUGUAGCCCGCAAAGUUGGUGCUGGUUCUGGUGGAUUUUCAAGGCUUGUUUGCUUGCGAGUGCACCCAAUGCUUGCACUGUCGCACCCGACGGAAACUUAUGUCUCAUUUACCUCCGUUAAUGGUUCUCAUCAUGAAGUUUGGCCAGAAUCCGGUGAGAAAUUUUUUGAAGGGGACCUGUGCCCUAAUGGUGAAUGGAUGCUUGUUGAUAGAUGUCUUGGCUUGGGUUUAGUCAACCGGUUCAAUGUCAGCGAGGUGAACAAGUGUUUCAUACAUUGGGGAACCGGAACAAUCAAUUUAGAACUUUGGUCUGAUGAUAGGCCCGUUUCAAAGCAAUCACCUCUUAAAAUUUCUCAUGAGUAUGAGGUCAGAGGAAUCGCAUAAUUAUUUUCUCUCUAGAUAUGAAAAAAACUCCUGUCAAUGGAUGCUGAAAUGUGAAGCAGCAAACUACAACUGAUAUUUGAGUAUGUGUUUUUGCUAUAUCCAAUGACCUAUUUUCUCUCUAGAUAUGUAAGAAACUUCUGUCAAUGGAUGCUGAAAUGUGAAGCAGCAAACUACGACUGAUAUUUGAGUAUGUGUUUUCACUAUAUCUAAUGACCUAUAAACUACUUUUUUCUCCCUUUA